AUGGGAAACACCCUCGGCGUUGGCGUUGGCGUAGGUGUCGGCCUCGGCCUCGGCCUCGGCCUCACCGUCGGCGCCGCCGCCCUGAUCCAGUUUUAUUGUCUCUGGCCACAGACUCAUUUUUCUCUCUUUGUUCAUAGCACUGAGGACAUUGACGAGUAUUCUGCCGAGAGGCUGCACGACGCGAUGAGCUAUGCAAAAAACAACGCGAUGCUGAUCCAGGUGUCCAACGUCUGGAUUGGGAGCACUGGGAAUGUCAAGCUAAAGGGGGCUCAUUUUGUUACUUGUGUUCACAGCACUGAGGUCUUCCUGAUGCUACACGAUAGAAUUGUCAAUUUUCUUGGUCAGAAAAACCGAUCAAAGAAGAACAUAAUACUGUACAAUCUCCCCUACAAGAAUGACUGGUUGGAUACUGCCACGGCAAAUGCAAAGAUCAACCAGUGGGUUGUAAAUGUUAAAAACGAGUACAGAAGGACUACAAUCGAUCUAUUGAGGCUCAACAGAAAUGUAAGAAGCCACUUGUAUCAGUACAACCACGACGAUGAUAUUGAGGAAAUUCUGUAUUGUGAAUGGCCCAUGCUGCUCAUUGUCAUGGAGAACAUGUUACACUUGGAAGGUGAGCUCCAAGACACUGGCAUCCAUAACAAGUUCGGCCAGUGUCCUACUGCAAAACAGAUGAAAGAUGUAUUCUGCAUUUCCAUGGGUUGGUAA